AUGUCCGACCUUGCCCAUAACCCGGACCCGCUCGCUGCGGAGCCCGCGGGGUCAAAGAAACGAACCCGAGUCCAGUUCUCUUGCACUGCAUGCCGAUACCGCAAGCUGAAAUGCUGCCGCACUUAUCCAUGCGCCAAUUGUAAGAAGCGUGGCGAGGCGGCGACAUGUACGUAUGUUGGUCGAGGGCCGAGGGCUAAGGCUCAGCAUGGACGAGCGAGUCCGACGCUUGUACAAGAUCGUCUUCAACAUCUGGAAAAUUUAGUCAUGUCUUUGGCCAAACAGAAAAAACCAGAUGAUCUUAUUUAUGACUUCAAUACUGGUUUGGAGGAGACAGUAGCGUACGAUACUCCUCCAUCGACGGAUGAACGUGAGACCAAACCAUCACCCCGUGAUACGGGCACUUUGGUAGUCAAAGAGGAUGGAACCAAUUAUAUUGAUAGUGCCAACUGGCGUGCCAUCUUGGAGGAGAUCAACGGUGUGAAAGAGUAUUUGGAUGAACAGGCGGAGAAUUCCGAUGAAGACGGAAUUGAAGAUGACCCUUUUGAUGCUUCUUCACCCGUCCUGCUGCUAGGACUUGCUAAGCCGAUUACCAAACAAGAAGUACUCACGGACAUCCCAGCACGAUCAAUAGCCGAUCGACUUGUGUCUCGCUUUCUACAAACAUCGGAGCCUUCAUUAGUUAUCAUUCACGUCCCUACGUUUCGAAGGGAAUAUGAGCACUUUUGGAAACAUCCUCUUGAUAUGUCAUUUACCUGGAUUGCAUUAUUAUAUUCCAUCAUGGCACUUUCUGUAACUAUCCAUCAUCGCAGUGAGGAGGCUCUUCCGAUGAGUACAGUGGAGCCGAUGACCCUUUGGGACGUUUUUCGUCGAAAAGCCGCACAGUGUCUCGUUCAAGCAAACUAUAUCACCCCUGGAAAGUACAAGCCGAACGCAAUGUUCCUCUACGCGGUUUCCGAGUUCUACCGCAGCCAAGAUGGACAGAUGGGAGUCUCACAUCUCCUGGGAAUAGCUAUUCGACUUGCGUUGCGCAUGGGCUACCACCGUGACCCGAGCCACUAUCCCACACUCUCUCCUUACGAAGGAGAGAUGCGACGCCGUAUGUGGGCUAUGCUGUGCCAGCUUGAUACUCUAGUCUCAUUUCAAAAUGGCCUUCCACGUACCAUCCAGUCUUAUUACCAAGACGCCGCGAUGCCAUCUAACCUGCUGGACACCGACUUCGACGAAAACACGGCGCAGCUACCUCCAGGUCGACCAGAGGAUGAGCGAACACAAGUUUCAUAUACACGAGCAAAAACCCGUCUCAUGAAUGUUUUCGGACAGAUCUGUGACUCGGCCUACAAGCGAGAACCGGUAUCGCACGACGAAAUAAUGGUGAUGGAUCGUGCGCUUGAAGCUGCGCAUGCUCAAAUGCCAUCUUUCCUACGUGUGCGACCGCUCGCCCAAUCGAUAGGCGAGCAAACCUAUAUCAUAUUAAAUCGAUAUACCUUGAACUUGAUAUAUCAAAAGGCGCGUAUCGUUCUGCAUCGGCCGUAUAUCACCGAAAGACAUGGCAAGCAUGCCAAUUCACGGCAGAUCUGCAUUAGUGCUGCUAGCGCGACCCUGCGACACCAUGCAGAUAUUUGGAGCGAGUCUUUACCUGGUGGUCAAGUAUACAAGGAACGGUUUCUUCUCAACUCCCUCCAAAAUACCGACUUUAUGCUCUCUGCUAUGAUCCUUUGUCUGGCUUUGUCACAAGACAAUGAUAAUAUGGACGCUUUGGAGAUGACCCAAGAAAAGUCUGAGCUUCUACUUCUUUUGGAGAAUACGCAUCGCAUUUUCAAGCAGACGCCUCGGCGGUCUCCGGAUACCCAGCGGGCAUUUGUUGCACUGAGCAUCAUGCUUAGUAGAGUUCGAGGUCACAGCCUUGAAAGUCUCACAGCGAAUUCGGAGGAAGAAGCAAGUCAAACCCAGCUCCUCCGGACGUUCCCUGUCUCCAUGGACCAACCGCAGUACUCGAAUCUUUCUCCGAAUAACAUACCAACGACCAUGUUUACCGACGUCUCUCAAACUCCUUCAUACUCUUCUCUCGAUGUUAUUGAUGAUAUGCUGAGCGCGACUGCUCAAUUGGAUUGGCGUAUGUAUGAUGGUCGGAUGUAUGGAUUUGACACGACUCAAGAUAAUCUUUGGUCUGCUGAGGAACCUUUUCCUAUUGAGUUAGACUUUUCCAUGUCUAUUGAUCAAUCUUUAGUUGCAGAUCAAUGA